AUGGGCAAAGAGAUUGAAACCCCAAUUGUCAUCGUCGGGGGUGGUGGAUGUGGUUUGACUCUUUCAAGCUUCUUAUCCAACUACGGAGUUGAGCAUGUCCUUUUCGAGAAGCACACCGGCACCUCGAUUCUUCCUAAAGCCCACUAUCUCAACCAGCGAACGAUGGAAAUUCUUCGUAACCACAACAUGGUGGAAGAGAUCCUUCAGAAAACGUGCCCUCCACGAAACAUGAGUCAGGUUGCCUGGCAAACUUCACUAGGCGGCUCUGAGCCAUUAGACCGUCAGGUUAUCGCCAAAUUUGAAUGUUUCGGUGGAAACGAUGGAACGGAGUUUGCGGAAUCUUACAAACGUGAUGCUCCACUUCGCUCUGGAAAUCUCCCACUAUUCCGACUGGAGCCCAUACUGAAAAGGCUUGCCGAGGAGAGGAACCCUGGUAAAAUCUUCUUCGGACACCAGAUGGUGGACUUUGUCGAUGAAGGCUGCUCUGUCGUUGUCCAGGUUGCAGACGAAACUGGACUCGAGAGAUCAUAUCGAUGUAAAUAUCUGAUUGCUGCUGAUGGAGGGCGCACCAUCGGUCCUAAGCUUGGGAUCAAAAUGGAAGGACUGACAAACAUCACCGACAUGGUCUCGGUGCACUUUAGUGCCGAUCUUUCAGAAUACUGGGACGACCGUUACUUUGCUUGUCAUUUUAUCAACGGCGAAUGCAAUACUGUAUUUGAAAGCGGCGCGAUCGUUCCCAUGGGUCCUAAUUGGGGGAAGCAUUCCAAGGAGUGGGUGUUCCAUUGCGGAUUUGCGAUGGAUGACCGAAACCGACAUGAUGAUGCGGCAUUGAUCCCACGUAUCCGUCAACUGCUGAAGAUUCCCGAAUUGGAAAUGGAAGUACACAAAAUAAGUCACUGGGCUAUUGAGAAAGUUCUUGCGGACAAAUAUCGCAAAGGACGGGUCUUUCUUGCCGGUGAUGCUGGAAACCGUCGCCCGCCAACGACUGGGUUGGGCCUCAACACUGCCAUCGAAGAUUCGCUUAAUAUCGCCUGGAAGAUGGCACUCGUGUUGAAAGGACAAGCUCGCGAGUCUAUACUGGAAACAUAUGAGACAGAGAGACGCGCCGUCGGCGAGAUAAACAGCGAUUGGGGCCUUUUUACGUUCAGUAAUUCUUCCGUCAUCAAUACAGUUCUCGGACUCAUCCCAGGACAACGAGAAGCAAAUCAAUUCCGAUUUCAAACCCUUUUUGAAGAUACUGACAAAGGGCACAGCUUCAGAGCUCAAGUUGCGCGCAUCAUCGACACCCAAGCUAUUGAAUUCUGUGCGCAUGGGAUCGAGUUGGGUUUCAGAUAUCCCAAUGGUCUCAUUGUGCGUGAUGGAAGCCUUCCAACGAAAAGAGAUCCUUUGGGCCUCAAAUAUUAUCCAAACACGCAGCCUGGACACCGACUCCCACAUGCCUGGAUUGAAACUGGAACAAGUGUUAUCUCCACCCACGACUUGGUGCAAAAUAAGCCGAUAUUUUCCUUGAUCACGGACAGUGAAGGAGAGGAAUGGGAAAUUGCCGCUAAGGAUAUUCUAAAAACCCGAGGGGUUAAGGUUGUUGUGGCUCGAAUUGGUGACAAUUGUCUUUAUCGAGAUUAUGAUGAUCGAUGGAAUGGCCUGAAAGGGAUUCAGUCUGGAGGAGCCAUUCUUGUUCGCCCCGAUAACAUGGUAGCUUGGAGGUCCAUCUACAGGAGUCAAGCUGGGGGUCGGGAACUGGAGGACGCCAUGGACCAUUUGAUACUUCAGGAUCCUCACUCGCAUGGCUCUGGGGAUGGUGAACAUUCCAUAGCAAAGCUUUGA